CAAACACAGGUGUAAAUAAGCUCAGAACAUCUGAGAGUGUUCCUAUCGCUUCUUAUCAUGUUGGAACAGAGCCUGAACAAGGAAAUCUUUACUCUCCAGAGCAGACAUCGCUUCAUGAAAGAUCAGUUGGUAACUCUAGAAGUUCAACACAGAUGAAUUCAUAUUCUGAUAGUGGGUACCAGGAAGUAGGCAGUUUCCAUAACAGCCAGAACCCAGGAAAAGGAGAGAGCAGACAGCAGCAUUCUUUUGCAGGAGCAAAUAAUAACCAUUUAGUGCGAAGUUCACGUGCUGAAGGACAAACUUUGGUACAGACAGCACCAAACAUAGCUUCCACCAACAGAGCCAUGAGACGUGUAAGUUCUGUUCCAUCAAGGGCCCAAUCUCCCUCAUAUGUAACCACUACAGGAGUUUCCCCUUCAAGGGGAUCACUCAGAACUUCUUUAGGAGGUGGCUAUGGUUCGCCAUCUAUUAUUGAGUCACGGUCUGUCAGCUCUAAUGUUUUCUCAACAUUACCUGUUCAAAGAGCAGCAUCUCCAUUUACUACACAGAGGCCUGCCUCACCAGUAGCAGUGCGCCGAAUUGGUUCAAUAACAUCUAGGCAAUCAACCAACCCCAAUGGAGGAACUCCUCAAUACCAGCCUUCAGUCAGAGUUGGUUCACCUCUCACAAUAAAUGAUACGCAGACAAGAGUAGCCUCUCCACCCUUAACUCAAGUUGGAUCUUCAUCACCAAAGCGCUCUGGGAUGACUGCUGUUCCACAACAUUUGGGAACAUCAUUACAACGGACACUUCAUGACAUUGAGCAAUAUGCACAGCAGUAUGACAUCUAUGAAAGAAUGGUUCCACCUCGUCCAGACAGCCUUACAGGUUUAAGGAGUUCAUAUGCUAGUCAACAUAGUCAACUUGGACAGGAGUUACGUUCUACUGUAUCUCCUGAUUUACAUAUCAGUCCCAUUUAUGAAGGUAGACCUUAUUAUAGUCCAGUGUACCACAGUCCAAGCCAUGGAACAGGUGAUGUACCCCAAGGAUCUCAAACGGCAUUGUAUCGAACUGGCUCAGGUGUUGGAAAUCUUCAAAGAUCAUCUAGUCAGCGUAGCACUCUUACAUACCAAAGAAAUAAUUACGCGCUGAACACAUCAGUUACCUACGCAGAACCCUAUAGGUCACUUCAUUAUCGGAUGUCUGAAUCGAAUUAUAACAGGAUGCAACAUGCAGUCCCUGCUGAUGAUGGAACAACACGAUCUCCCUCUAUAGACAGCAUCCAGAAAGAUCCCAGAGAAUUUGCAUGGCGGGAUCCAGAGUUGCCAGAAGUCAUUCAUAUGCUUCAACACCAGUUCCCAUCAGUUCAGGCCAACGCAGCAGCCUAUCUACAGCACCUAUGCUUUGGAGAUAAUAAAGUAAAAACUGAGGUAUGCAGAUUAGGUGGAAUUAAGCACUUGGUUGACCUGUUGGACCACAGAGUUCUUGAAGUUCAGAAGAAUGCUUGUGGCGCCCUGCGGAACCUGGUAUUUGGGAAAUCUACAGAUGAAAAUAAGAUAGCAAUGAAAAAUGUUGGUGGAAUAGCUGCACUUUUACGGUUGCUAAGAAAAUCAAUUGAUGCAGAAGUAAGAGAACUUGUCACAGGUGUCCUCUGGAACCUGUCUUCGUGUGAUGCAGUAAAAAUGACAAUCAUCCGAGAUGCUCUAGCAACAUUAACGAACAGUGUGAUAGUUCCUCAUUCUGGAUGGAAUAAUUCUUCCUUUGAUGAUGAUCAUAAAAUUAAAUUCCAGACUUCUUUAGUUCUGCGCAACACAACAGGUUGUCUAAGGAAUUUAAGUUCUGCAGGAGAAGAGGCAAGGAAACAAAUGAGAUCUUGUGAAGGAUUGGUUGAUUCUUUGUUAUAUGUGAUCCAUACUUGUGUGAACACUUCUGAUUAUGAUAGCAAGACCGUCGAAAACUGUGUCUGCACACUUCGGAACCUUUCUUAUCGUCUAGAGCUUGAGGUUCCUCAAGCCCGCCUUCUUGGCAUCAGUGAGCUGGAUGACUUUUUGGGGAAGGAAUCGCCCAGCAAAGAUUCUGACUCAAGCUGCUGGGGAAAAAAGAAGAAGAAAAAGAAAAAAACUUCGCAAGAGGAUCAGUGGGAUGGAGUUGGUCCAAUACCAGGGUUGUCCAAGUCUCCUAAAGGUGUGGAAAUGUUGUGGCACCCAUCUGUUGUAAAACCAUAUCUAACUCUUCUAGCUGAAAGUUCCAAUCCGGCCACUUUGGAGGGUUCUGCAGGAUCUCUUCAGAAUCUUUCUGCAGGCAACUGGAAGUUUGCAGCAUAUAUUCGAGCGGCUGUCAGGAAAGAGAAAGGACUUCCAAUUCUUGUGGAAUUGCUAAGAAUGGACAAUGAUAGAGUUGUUUCUUCCGUGGCAACAGCCCUGAGAAAUAUGGCACUAGAUGUGCGUAACAAGGAGCUUAUUGGAACUGCCUUGGCUGCCGCCCCUCCACAAUCUAGUGAGGAUCCUCCUCAAUGGUGGUCGCCCCUCCAGGGUCUUCCGAAGAAGGAAAACCGGACAGCGGAGAGAGGGCUCUUGCUGAACAUCUGCUGGCGCUGCGAUCCAGAACCGGAAGCCACAUGAUAGUCAUUUUGAACAUUCCAUGACAAUUUCCCAGCCAAUCUUGCUCCUUCCCCACCCAGCACUGAGAAAUUGACUCAUCAUGUGGCUCUUAAAGAAGCAACAACUAUAUCUGACAUAAACAUAGGCCUGGAUAUUCAGUCAAAUAAAUACAUUAGCCAAUUUGUCUUAGUCCUUGCCUGUUUCAUUUUUCAACUGCUCUUACUUUGAAAAUGAAUAUUGACCAACCCCUCCUUCAGCCACUGGAGAUCAGGUAGUGGUUCUCCACCUUUUCUUCACCGUGGACCCCCAAGACUCAAGAUUUAAAUCAUAACAUUUCUUCAAGCCUUCGCAGACGACAAGUUGAGAACCACUGAGGUAGACUAAUCCUGCCCUAGCCCUCAGGAAGUCAUGCGAUCAUAUUUUUAAAUGGGCUCUGACAACUUCCUACAUCUCAAUGAAGAUUCCUGCAGAACUAUUCUCAAAGAACUCUAUCUUGGGUUCCCUCCAAUGAAGCAAUGAGAAAAAUCAAUUCCACAUGCAUUACACGUGUCCCCGAAAUGAUGAAAAAAUAUUAUUCCUUCAGUACUGUCAGUGAAGGAAACAAUACUACUCAUUUUCCAAUAGAAUUCCUUGAUUCAAUAGCAGUCUGUUCAUAGUCGUUCUGUUUCUCUAUUUCAGGAAUGAAAUAUCUGGGAAAGGAUGACCCAAACAGGGCACGACUUGUCUAAUUAAAUCCAAAAAUUAUGAUUUAUAUCCAUAUACAUUUCAUGUUUGUAAAAAAGAGACUAAUUAAAAGUCCCUAAAUUGUAUCAAGCCAAAGCUUGAGGUCAUUGUUUUUUUUUAUCAUGCAAUGUCCAUCUUUUCCUUUCUAAGAGAUUCACAGAGAUUAUUUGUAACAGGUGAAAAAUGAAGCAAGCAGAAUAUCUGUGCCCUAUUCAUACCUUUCAAAGAACAGACCCAUAAUGUGAAGAACUGGUUUUUCUCUUCUAUACACAUUUAUUGCCUCCAUACUCACUAGAGCCAAGAUUAGGUCGUAACAUUGAUCUUGUUUUGUUGUCUGCGUAUUCCAUGUUAUGCUUGAAAGAAAAAGGGAGAGCAGCCUGCUGAAAUAUCUGCCAUGUUUCAAGAAACCACAUAUUGAAAGCUAUGCAAUUAAUUCAACUGUGCCUUUUUAUCUUUAAAAAUAGCUCAGCUAAAACAAGGUUAUCUAAAAUAAGUAAACAGAUUUGUAUAUGUCUGUGUACUUUGGCUUCUUGCCAGAAUCAUUUUAAUCACAUUUUCCCUUAAUCCAAUAAAUGAAUCUAGUACAUAUUUUUUUAAUUUGAAAAUUGAUGUUGCAGUACCUAACUUUUUCCCUCUAAACCAGUGUUUUUCAACCUCAGCAACUUUAAGAUGGAUAGACUUCAAUUCCCCAAAUUCCCUAAGCAGCAUGGAGAAUGAUGGAAGCUGAAGUCCACCCAUCUUAAAAUUGCUGAGGUUGGGAAACACUGCUCUAUAUAAAGAGUUGCAUAGGACUAUUUAUUUUUUUAUGAAAUUAAUUUUCCCAUAUUAAAUAGAACCUCCUUCCAUUGUUUUUGAAUGUGUAUAUUUCUCCGUAUCAUCAUUCUUUAUGAUGAUGAAAGUAUAUACUG